UACUACGGGUGCCGAUGAGAUAUGUUAAUGCGGCUAACAACAAUACAAAUGUUGGAAACUCCUCCAACAGACAUGAGAGCCUAAUUGCUACGAACACAUACUGGGUACAACUUGGACAAGACUAGGAGGAAUCCACAGUUCGAAGGUCGGGUUACAGCCUCAUUAGGAGGGACCGCCUGGUGCCAACAAGGCAUUAUCGGGUCACGCCAUCCGUUGAGGUUGUAAACAGUACCGAUAUGAGCUGAUCUUGGAAGACGUGGAUUUGAUGACUACUAGGACUCGCUUUUCAACAAUGUGGAGUCAAAGGAACGGUUUAAUUAAGGAAACCUUCAUUUUGUCAGUGGACGUUGGUACAACAUCAAUCAAAUGUCACGUAUAUGACAAGGAGGCAAAAAUCCGAGGAUCAUGCACUACCAAGGUUGUUCUCCUCUAUCCAGAGGUAGGAUACGUGGAGAUGGAGCCAGAUGCAAUAUGGAAAGGCUUCAUUACUGUGGUCAAAGGAGCUGUGCAAGAUGCAGGAGUACAAAUGCGCCAGAUCGAGGCCCUUGGCAUCUCCACUCAAAGAGGCACCUUUACAACAUGGGACAGGNNNACUGGAGUUCCUUUCCAUAACUUCAUCACCUGGCAGGAUCAGAGGGCUGCAGACCUGGUGAAGUCCUGGAACAGAUCCUGCACCAUGAAAGCACUCCGUGGUGUGAUGAAGGUGCUGUAUCUCCUGACCAGACAGAAAAGGUCGCUUGCAGCGAGUCUUAUUGUCUUCUCCACUCAACAUGUCACAUUCCGCCUUGUCUGGGCCCUAACACACUACAAGAAGGUUUGUCAAGCAGUAGCUGAAGGAAACUGCUGCUUUGGAACAAUAGACACCUGGCUCCUGUUCAAACUCACAAAAGGACAGGUCCAUGCCACAGACUUCUCUAAUGCCAGCUCAACAGGGAUUUUUGAUGCCUAUCAGAUGUGUUGGAGUGGUUUCCUUAGCUUUCUUGUUUCUCUGCCGCUCUCUAUUUUCCCCAAAGUAGAAAAUACAAGCCAUGACUUCGGCUCCACAGACCCAUCUAUCUUUGGAGUGCCCAUUCCCAUCAUGUCACUGAUGGCAGACCAGCAGGCAGCCAUGUUUGGAGAGUGCUGCUUCGAUGUUGGGGAUGUGAAGAUCACCAUGGGAACUGGCAAUUUCAUGGACAUCAACACCGGGAACAAACCGCAUACAUCUGUACAAGGUUUGUAUCCUCUGGUGGGGUGGAAGAUCGGUGAUGAGGUGGUGUACCUGGCGGAGGGCAACGCAGCAGACACGGGCACUGCCAUCAAAUGGGCACAGGAGCUAGAGCUCUACUCUGAUGUCCAAGAGACCAGCGCCAUGGCUUACAGCGUCAGUGACUCUGACGGAGUGUGCUUUGUCCCUUCCUUCAGCGGCCUGCAGGCUCCUCUGAACGAUCCCAAAGCUUGUGCUUCAUUCAUGGGCCUCAAGCCUUCAACCACCAAAUGCCAUCUGGUCCGUGCCAUACUGGAAUCUGUUGCCUUCAGAAAUAAGCAGCUGUAUGACACCAUGCUAAGAGAAACCAGUAUCCCUAUUGCUAAGAUCAGGGUGGAUGGGGGUGUUUCUUCCAAUGACUUUGUCAUGCAGCUGACUGCAGAUCUGUUUGGCAGAAAGUUAACCAGACCUGAACACCGUGAGAUGUCGUGUCUGGGGGCUGCUUUUGUUGCUGGACUCGGAGUGGGCUUCUGGAGGACCCGGGAAGAGCUAAAGAAGGUGCAGAGCGCCAAUGAGGUGUUUUUACCCCACGGUCAACCCAAGGAGGGUGCAGGCAGCCAGAGUCGGGAGUACAUCCCUGUCCUCCAGAGCUGGGAAAGAGCUCUCCGGCGUUCCAUGAACUGGUACAGCAAGCCUUGAUACUGUGUGCACAGGCAGCGAGUUCCAGGGUUUGACCAAGGCAAGAGAUGGAGACAUAGGUUUUGAGUGCAUUAAAGCAGACACCUUUUAAAUAAACAGCCAUCAGUGGUGUCUCAAAAUGAGUUUAAGGGUUUCCAUUCCAUCCAUCCAUUCAUUUUCCUCCGCUUAUCCGGGACCGGGUCGCGGGGGCAGCAGUCUAAGCAAAGAUGCCCAGACUUCCCUCUCUCCAGGCACUUCCUCCAGCACUGUUGAAUCCUGGACCAGAUGUGACUUAGACCUUUAAGGGGAAUUGGCCAUUGAUAUUUACAGUUGAGAGCAGGACUGUGGGGAAAGGUCCAGUGUAGGUCUGAUCCAGGCCAACCACAUCACGGUUUUUAAUUGCUGACCACAUAUAGGAGUUACUCUCCCUUUACUUAAAUUCCUUACACUGUAGUUGCCACAUCAGAAUUGACUUUUCAUUCAUUCCUGAUCUCAUGUCACUGGUGUAUUUUUCCAGCUGGAAUAUUUGAUAGAAUAUUUUCCCACAGGGGGGCACUAAUGACCAGCUUUACUGAUUUUUAAUUUAUGAAUUUGCCAUAGCAACCACAUACCACAUUUUAAUAAAGAGCCACAGAAUAAAAUUAUGUAUACAGAAUCCACUUUGGUAGGAAAAUAAAAGACCGCUCUGUUUAUGAUGCCUCAUAUCCAAAGAGGUCCACAACAGUGUCAGCAAACACUUCAGUGUUCAUCUGUUUCUUUGUGGCAUUUCAAGAACGUGUUAGUCCUACAGAGACAUUCUCAUAUCAAAAGGUAUCACAUUUAGGACAUUUGGAGCAGCUUCAUCAAACAUUAUAUGCUCUAAAUCUCAAACUUAGUGCACUUAUUCAGCAUGAGACGAUUGUUUAAAUGUGACUGGAACACAAAUUAAUUGCAUGUUUUUCUCUUAAUACGGGAAUUUCACCAGAUUUCAGUAUAACUUGUCUGAUGUAGCUCAAUCAGUAAAGAACUGGUUGUCAAAUGUUAACUGAGAGUAACAUAGGAUUUUAUGGGGACUUCAUUUGUGUGUCAACACACUUGUGAUAAACACCUGCAUUCUCUGUUGUGUAGGAACAAACUGAUCAGGGACACAAAUAUUAAUUGAUAGGGUAAUGAAUGCACAAAUUUGUGGCUGUUUUCCUUGUUGGUCUGCAUUGUGUUUACAGUUAAAUUGUCCCAGCUUUAUGAAUUUCAGCACCAAGGGACAGCCAUGUUGAUGUCAUAUGAAAAUGUUUUGACUUGAUGCAUUCUGAAGGCAAAGUUAACUGUUCUAAUUAUGUCAGAAUUAAAUGUGCCUACACUUAUUGUAUGUGACCUAAUCACAAUUUACUGUGAAUCUCAUUGUUUGAACAGGAUUGUUACAUAUUGUUUGCCUUUUUCAUCACUGUAACUGGGUUCUUUCUGGUUUGCUUUACUUUGUUAUGCAAAGUGUAUAAUGCUGAAAUUAACCAUUUUGAACCAAAUGACAUUUCAAGUCAGCAUGUGAGAUUUUUCUAACACUUCUUGAAUUGCAAAAACCAUCUUAAGACUCUGGGGGAUAAAAAAAAAACAAAAAAACAAUACAAUUAUCUAAUCAUAAAUUUUGUUACCAAAGUCUAGAAAAUGUCAGGUACUUUGUGAAAGGGCUAAUAUUAAAAACAUAAA